CUACGGUAGGUGGCGAUCGUGCUCUGGUUAGCUGAAAAUCGCCGAUUAAACAGAAGAAGAAGAAGUUGAACGCGGGCGGUGUUGAUGACGUAGGGCGAGGGAAAUCCAAAACAGAGCUCAGGUCCUCUUGGGUGGUGCUGUGAAGUAAACACAUGAAGUUGAGCUGUAAAAGCGGUUGUUAAGUGAACCACAGUUGUUAAAGCGUGAGAAAAAAUGCAGAAGGCUUCCCGUUUGAAGCGUGAACUUCAGAUGCUGAGCACGGAGCCACCUCCCGGAAUAACAUGCUGGCAGACCGAGGAACGGGUAGACGACCUGCGGGCACAGAUAGUGGGUGGAACAGGGACCCCAUAUGAAGGUGGACUCUUCCUUUUGGAGAUCAAGGUCCCAGAGAGGUACCCAUUUGAGCCUCCCAAAAUGCGAUUCUUGACCCCCGUCUAUCACCCAAACAUUGACAAUUCAGGGCGUAUCUGCCAUGAUGCCCUCAAACUCCCGCCAAAGGGUGCCUGGAAGCCAUCCCUAAACAUCUCUACAGUCCUCACCUCCAUUCAGCUACUUAUGGCUGAGCCCAAUCCAGAUGACCCACUCAUGGCCGAUAUAUCAUCAGAGUUCAAAUACAACAAACCGCUGUUCACGGAGAAGGCCAGGAAGUGGACACAAGAACACGCUGUUCAGAAGAACAUGGGAGUCGUGGAGGCCAACAAAGAAAAUACUCCAGAUCAGAAAGCUUCAUCUCGCAAAAGAGAGGCUUUUGGUACACAGCAGGAGGCAGAGGAAUCAGCAAAGAAAACCUGUGUGUAGUUUCUAUCGUGCUUGUUAGAGCCACAGGUCUCUCUUCUACAGAGCCGUGCAUUCCUCAUCUUAAUCCAGAAAUGCCCACAUAUUUAUAUGUAUCAUUCUUAUGUUUCUGUUGUGAUAUUAAAGUUUAUUGUAAACACUAA